AUGAAACCCCGUGAAUACUGCUGCUGUGCUAUCCCUCUCAUCAAUGCUGGCAUUUAUUUAGCAUUAAUUGAACAACUUAUCGCUGGAGUCGCGGCCGGCAUCCUUUCCGUGGCCACUCCCUCAAUCGUUGGUGCUGUUACUCCUUCUUUUGCCUCUGCGGUCUUCGGUGUCGUUUGCUUUGUCGGCGCGGCCAUUCAGAUUCUCGGCUUCAUCGGUGUUGCUCAAGAGAAGCCCAUUCUCUUUAGGCGUUACCUUACUUUGCACUCGCUAGCUACGACCGGCGCCUUCUCCGUGGCGUUGGCCUGGAUCAUUCUCUCCUUAACCCGACACUCAACCGCCAAGAGCGAUUGCGUCAAGAACUUCUUUUCCAAUGCUACGCCGGAGCAAAAAAGCCAGGGCGAUGUUCUGUGCGAUGUGUUCCCUUGGGUCGAAGUUGGUGUGAUGGGUGGGCUGUGGGUGGUGAUGGCAAUUAUGCACAUCUAUCUCUAUGUGGUCAUGAGCGGCUACAGCUCUGGUCAGCAGAGAGAUCAUGCCAACUACGACUCUCUCGGUGACACGACUUUUGCCAACGACAACAUUGCAAUGAAAAACCGCAGUCAAGAUCCAUUUGCUGCUAACCCUCGACCAUCUGGCGAAGCACUCUACUCACAGGAAUACCAUCAGCGACAGGAGUCUAUUUCGAGUCUGUCAGAUGUGAUGGCCCAACCGAUCCAGCAAAACAACCAGAACUAUCGUCAAGCAACAUACCCACCCACGAUGCCUCCCGGUGCGCAUACAGAAGAUGAAACGCCAACACCGAGAGUUGGCGCUUCGUACUAUGACGCACCAUAUGACAAAUCCUCUUCCAACAUCGAGAAACCACCCCAAACGCAAUCUCACCCUGCCGAGGGAUCGUUUGGUCGCAAGACACCGCGGUUAAUUCAGAAGAAUCGCCCCUUCGAUAAUGGCUACUACUGA